GCCAUAUGGUUGCACGUCCUUUCACGUCCUCCUGCUCACGCCAAAAAAAGAAGAAAAUACAAGUACUGUACAAAGAAAGGCGCCUGUCUCGCAACUCCACGUUAAACAGUACCGUGUCCCUUUAAAAACGUCUGACAAAAAGCCCAUAUGAUCCCCGAGCUCCAAUCACCAGUUCCUUCUGCAAAAGCAGCCUCUGCAUUUUUGUCUGUCUGAAUGCUACAGCAGCACGGGGGAAAAAAGAUUGAGGAUAAGGCAAAAACUGAAGAAAUGUGACAAUUCAACGGUCAUUUUCAUGGCGAAGGGAAAACUGGUGCGAAAGGAGUUAUUCUUGGACUCCUUCGAGCCUCGAAACGCUGGAUCAAAAUGCUCAUAGUGGAGAAGACCACAGACUUCCCCUCUGCUGAGUUCUCCCUGGUGGAGGAUGUGGCUCUGCACUUCACCUGUUUGAUGGACAGGCUGAACGAGCAGCGCCUCUUCCAGCCUGACCUGUGUGACGUCGACAUCGUUCUGGUGCGUCAGCACAGCACCUUCCCGGCCCACAAGGGCGUGCUGGCGGCCUACAGCCCUUUCUUCCACUCCCUUUUUGCACAAAGCAAACAGCUGCGGCGGGUGGACCUGUCACUGGACGCCCUGACUUCACAGGGCCUGCAGCAAAUCCUCAACUUCAUUUACACCUCCAAACUGCUGGUGAGCAGCCGCACUGUCCGCGACGUGCUCAACGCGGCUGCCCUGCUCCAGAUGAGUGACAUCGCAGCCUCCUGUCGCGACCUCAUCAGCAGCCACUCGCUGAGAAGCACCUGCGCAGAUAUGGCCAAUCAGGAAGGGCUCGGUGGCAGUGACCCAGCAACUGUAGCGAUGCCCUCCAGCCAGCUGUACCCGGAGAUCAAACAGGAGUCAGAGCUCGGGAGGGUGUACAAGAGGGAAGGCAGCAGCCCGUUCUCUGUUAGAGUGGAGGACGCAGGCAAGACGGUCUCCCAGCAGAAGUAUUACCAGAAGGAGGACGGGUCAGGGGGCGGGGCUAGCACGGGUGUGGCCCCUUUGUGCAAAGUCGAGAGCAAUGGAGAGGAGUCAAAGACCGCAGAUGGCCACGCCUCCUUCAACAGAGACCAGAUCAUUGUUGAAGUCAACCUCAACAACCAGACCCUUAAUGUGUCAAAGGGGUCGGAGAGCAAAUCAGCAAGCAUCACAGAGGCGGCCACCAUGUUUGGUUGUUGCCACGAUAACGGGAUAGAUUCAGAAGACGAUGAGGAGGACGGGGCGGAGAAUGACGACACAGUGGGAGAAGAGGAUGACGAUGAGCUGAAGAGGGGGGACCUACUGGAGCAGAGCAGCGAGGAGGAAGAGGAGGAGGAAGAUGAGGAAGAGGAGGAGAACUCCCUAAGCAUUCCAGGCUUUGAGCAAGCGGCCAUGACGGAUCGACCUCGCCGGGGCACCAGAGCAUUUGCCAUGGCGGGUACAACCGCCUCCAUGCGGCAGACACUGGCAGAGGCCACGCUAGCCAACCAGCGGCAGGGCGGGAAGAGGGCGCUGGAUGCAGAGGGCCUGGGCCAGAAAGUGAGACUGGAGGAGAAGCAACAUUUCCCGUGUAAGAAAUGCCCUCGCGUCUUCAACAAUCGCUGGUACCUGGAAAAACACAUGAACGUCACUCACAACCGCAUGCAGAUCUGCAAUAACUGUGGGAAACGCUUCCUGCUGGAGAGCGAGCUGCUGCUGCACCAACAGACCGACUGUGAGAAGAGCAUCCAGUGUGUAACAUGUGGCAAGGCCUUCAAAAAGCUGUGGUCGUUACACGAGCAUAACAAGAUCGUCCAUGGCUACGCCGAGAAGAAGUUCUCCUGCGAGAUCUGUGAGAAGAAGUUUUACACCAUGGCUCAUGUCAGGAAGCACAUGGUCGCCCAUACGAAGGACAUGCCGUUCACCUGUGAGACAUGCGGGAAGUCAUUCAAGCGCAGCAUGUCCCUGAAGGUUCACUCUCUGCAGCACUCAGGAGAGAAACCCUUCAAGUGUGAGAACUGCAGUGAGCGCUUCCAGUACAAAUACCAGCUGCGUUCCCACAUGAGCAUCCACAUCGGACACAAGCAGUUCAUGUGCCAGUGGUGCGGAAAGGACUUCAACAUGAAACAGUACUUCGAUGAGCACAUGAAGACACACACUGGAGAGAAGCCUUACAUCUGUGAGAUCUGUGGUAAGAGCUUCACGAGCCGGCCCAACAUGAAGCGCCACCGCCGCACCCACACCGGGGAGAAACCCUACCCCUGUGAGGUGUGCGGCCAGCGCUUCCGCUUCUCCAACAUGCUCAAGGCCCACAGGGAGAAAUGCUUCCGCGUCAGCAACCCCAUGGUUACUGACAGCAACGACCCCCUCGGCCUCCAUCGGCCUGUGGCCUCGCCCGCCGUGGACUCUUCCGGUCAGGUGCAGCUGAGGACGGCACUCCCCGCCACUUCUGCGACCACACCCGCUGCUGCCUCUAGCCCACACCCCCUCCAUGGCACCCAGCUGUCUCUCCCCCUGCUGCACUCCAUCGGAGGGCUGCCUCCCAGCCCUCAUUUACCCCCUCCGCCUCCCCUGUUCCCUGCCGGUAGGAUGAACUCCAACAACUAACAAAUCUCUGUAGCAUUGAAAGCACUUUUGUUACUUUUGUUUUUCUUAGAGCUUUUAAAGAGGACUCCUGCAGCAGGAGAGUGAUGCGCCUCAGUGACAUUUACACCGCGGAGAAACACUGACUGAAGGCUACAUGGAGGCCUCAUAAAAACACACACACAUACACCUACCACAAUAAGAAAUAGUUAUUUUUUACUCUGUUAAAUACAAUAUAUAACCUCAGAGUCCAGUAGGACGUGUCGUCACCGCUCUUUUCCUCGUGAAUUUUACAACUCUGUUCUGGUUUCAUUUGGAAUCCCACUACCACACACAUCUCCCCAGAGCUUUGCACAAUGCAUUGAUUGUAGCAUCUUUUACAAAGUAGGAGGAAGAGUUUCCUAAAUCCUCACUCAUACGGGGGUCAUCAGUCAAGCAAGAACCACACUAUGAUGAGAAAAGAUGUUUUAUUUUUGAUCGUUCUCUGCCAAGAUGUAGCGAGUGGUUCUGGUCUGACCCAGCAAUAACCAAAUGCUGAUUUGUCUCUGAGCAUAUACAUGUAUAUGGCAUUGCCAAUAACCAAAUCCUGUUAGCUCACCUGCUAUAGUUAGAUAAUGUUAUACAGCAUUUAUAAUCAAUCCUGCACCUUACAUUUAACUCUAGUGAUAUUUAAGAUGUACUCCUAAUUGUCUCCAUUUUUAUAAUUGUGAUAGUGUGUAAUCCGUGGCACGUUAAGUCAAUUUGUAAGGAUGCGUGAGAAGUUGUGAUGCGUGGAGAGUCAACCAUGCAAUGCAGUAUGUGGUGUUUGUGACGGUGUGUGUGUGUGAGAUGUGAGGCUGAGUCAUGAGAUGAGGAUCUUCAAAUCUACGUUCAGCUUACCCCCCCCCCGAGUCAGGAGGUGAAGUAAUUUGUUGACGCUUAUCUUUUGCUUACAUUAAGCAAGCGUGCUCCUCUCCUAUAGAUCUGGCUUUGAGACGAUAUCACACUUUUCUGUGACUUGUUAGUAAAAACCUAAUGUACUCUGACCUACAGUAUAUUUGUAGGUUUAAAAUAUAAUGUUAAUGUUAACUUACAUUUCCCAACUAAACCCGAUCUGUGUUAUUAGUUUGCAGAAUACCAAGAGUGUAGGGAUAAUAAUAUUCACAAAAAACCUGCGUACGUAGCUCAUUAAGUGUGCACAUUUCACCAUGAUGUAUAUUGUGAAGUGAUCAACAUUAUAUUACAAUGCCUAAAUCUCUUAAAGAGCACUGACGGGGAGUACUUUUGGCACAACAAAGUGCAUCACUAAAAGGGCUGCUUACGAUUACAUCACUAUUAUAAACUAGUCAAUUUCUUCUAACAGUGAUCUGUAGAAGCUGAUCGAAGUGAGGGACAUGCAGUAUGUAAUACCCCUCAAACAUUUGUGGCUCUAUGUGUACUUUUGACAAUUGUUUGUCAUUAAUCUACUGGCGUAGAACUGAAAGAAUAGAAAAUAAUCCUUGUCAGUAAAAAGUUCUUCUCUUAAAGGCUUGACAUUUUGGAAAAAUACACGUAUUUGCUUUCUUGCCAAGAGUUAGAUGAGAAGAUGGAUACCACUCUCGUGUCUUUACGUUAGAUACAGCCAGCAGCUGCUUAGCUUAGCUUAGCUAAGCACAAAGACCUGAAACGGAAAGAAACAGCUAGCUUGACUCCGUCUGAAGAAAAAAAAAAAUUCACCUACCACCACCUAAAGCUCAGUAAUUUGUUUGUUUUAUCUGGACAAAUACCGAAAUAGGACAAUUUGCAGCUCACAGGGUUUUAAAACACUGUUUUUUAAGCUACUGUCAGGCUCUGCUUCCGGUGAAGUCACAAAUUGUUGUUUUUUACACUUCGUUUUUCGUACAGUUUAAACAGACAAGAAUUAACAUGUAAAUUAGUGAGCUUAAAAGGUGCUGAUAGGUGGAUUUUGUUUCCUUUGGACAGAGCAAGGCUAGCUAUCCCCCUGUUUCCAGUGUUUAUGCUAAGCUAACUGGCUGCUGGCUGUAGCUUCAUAUUUAGCAUACAGAUAUGAGAGUGGUAUCUUUGCAACUCUGCAAGAAAGCAAACAAGCAUAGGCUACUUCCCAAAAAAAAUAUUCUUUUAAAUCUGGCAUUCUAAUCGAUGAAUUACCCAAAAAGAGUAUCUGUGCACUAUUGAUGCACUCCCGCUCACUUUAUCUAUACAUAGCCUAUUUGUAGUGUAGCGUUAACCUGUAAAUAUUGUUAAGAUGUGUUUCUUCCUUGUGAUUAAUUCCUCAUGUUUACAUUUGGAGAGUCAUUUGAAUGUGCCCCCACGUGCGUCUUGGCUGGUACUACAGAAAGUUGGAAUUUGUUGAUAAGCUUUUGUAAAUGUAAUAAGCUUUUCAUCGUUUUAUUUAAAAGACUAAUUGAAGCACCUUAGUGUAGUGUUAUGUCUUAGUUCACCCCAGUUACGUGUAUUUCUUAAACUGCCAUGGUUAAAUGGUUAGGGCCACCACAGAUGUUAUUUGAAAAUGGUACUUUUUCUUUUGUUUCCUGUGUAUAACACGUUUUGUACUUUGAUUUGCUGCUUUUGUACAGGGUCCAGUUUGAGACUGCCCUUUAAAUGAAAAGUCUAGAGCUGUUAAAUUGUUGAAUAUAUUCUGGCUGUGAUAAAUCCAAUUUAGCCUUACUGGACAGAGAGCUCCAGGGUCACAAAUGAGCUACACUUUUUGAGCAGUUUGAUGAGGUAACUGAACAUGUUAUACCCAUCUAAGGAUUGAUCUAGUCAUUGGUAGAUGGGGCUUCUAAAUGUUGACACAGAGAGGACUAAAGGCAAUGUCACAUAAACAUAGACUGUUGCUCUCUUGUGGUAUCUUAGUAAACUGCACUCUGUUAGCUACACUAAAGAAAGAGAAAGGCCUCCCUUAAGAGUACAUUAUCAUUUAUAGUGUGUCUCUAGUUAUCACUGCAGAAGCUCAUAGUACUUUGGGAGCAUAAGAAGCCAAGUAUUUUCCCACUUCACAGUUUUGAGAAGCACUAGCCCAAGAGACGAUACUGAGAUACUGUGGUUAUAGUGUGUGUAUUCGCCUUAUACUCAGAGGGAUUUGAAUGUUUUUGUGUUAUGGAUGAUGAUAGUAGCUGAUGCAAAACGAGGAGGGAUAGUAGUUAAUACUACUGAUUAAUGCACUUUGAAUUUGCUUGCCACACUAUCCCAUAACAGGGAUACUGCAGAUACAAGGUGAACAACAGAUAGCAGAGGUGUGUACUGAAAAAAUGAUUUCCACACAGCCGGCUAAAUCCGAAGGCAUACAUUUUAUGUUUAAAUGUAACGUGUGGAUAUUAAUGCUCAUAAAUGAUUAACGAAAUCUAUAAAUUACAGUCAAUUUCUUUGUGUUAUUUGUUCAAAUUUGGAUCAGAGUUUGUUAUUAGGAAGUUGCAGAAGUGGCAGUACGUGGCCUGAGGAGUCAUUUAUGUGUCACCCAGCACCUUUCCUGGUUUUUCUGUUUCAGUCUGCCUGUUUGACGCUGUGCUGCUCUUUAACAAGUAUUUAUGACUCCUCCCUGAGGGGGCAGACAGUACAGCUACGGCUGUUUCUGAUUGGCUUGUUCUGCGAUCACUACCAUAAUUAAGAGAAAUUAGUUUUAGUUCUUACCAGUUUGCUCCUAUUGAAGGGACUUUAACAUGUGACUGUUAUAUUUCAUGAGAAAAUAUAAAGGAAGUUGUCAGUUGCCAAAUUGAGUAAUGAGAAAGAUAUCAAUUAUUGUGAGCACUUUAUACUCCAGUUCAGCUAGUAUGGUUUGAAGGCUGAUAUAGAAACAGUUAUAUGAAUCGAAAUGUGUGUUUUUU